CCGCGCCGUCCUGCGGCGCAGCACAGGCUUGGCAGAGGCGCGCGUGUGAUCCCGGCCGGGGCAGAUGGCUGCGGGCGAGGCGGCGUGCAGAGCAAAGGAAAAUGGUGUCCCAGUCCGCAUGUUUCCAGUGUGUUUCGAAGACGAUGGGACGCUCUCUUUCCAAGAUGACGACGACCUGGAACCUGACAGCUGGAGACAAUCUAGAAAGCACUCAAAGCUGCAGAUCUUCCGAAACGUUGAGAAUUAUGUCCUCAUAGUGAAGCCAGAAAGUCCGGAAAAUCAGAUGGCAGCAUUUGAGGAUAUCCCCACGCCGGACAGGAAUGACGAGUCCGGAAUCAGGUUCACCAUCCACGGUUAUGACGACACAGUGCCCAGAGCGCGGACCGUGGCCCUGACCACGAGCAAGGGCAACAAGACCUACUGCCUGUGCGCCGAGAAACAAGCAAACGGAGAAUUGCGGGUGGCGUUUCAGGAAAGGAACCUCCCACACAGCAUUCCAGGAGAAACCAGUGACAUCAUCUUCUUCCAAAUCCCAUUUUCAGAAGGCGAUAACAGAUUCUUCAAAUUUGAGUCCACGCUGGAGCCGGGUUACUUCCUCGCCUUUGAGAGACACGAAGGCAACCACACCAGGAGACUGAUCAUAAAGAGAGUGCUGGCAAAAGACGAGGUGGACGAAACCAUCAAGCUGUGCCCUUCCUCGGAUUAGCACUUUUUUAACCCGGAGCCAAGAAAUGGUUCGUUGCACUUCCAGCCACAAUCAGUUGCGUCUCUCUUCAGCGCAUCCAUGUGUGUGUUUCUGUGUGUGGGGGAAUGCUUCAUUAGUAUAAAUAAAUAAAUAAAUAAAUAAAUAAGCACUCAAAUUUAAAUCAGUGCAAGGCUGAUAAGGCGUCUCGGUAGUUCGAUAAAGAUUGGGAUUUGUGUUUUUUUAAAAAUAGGGUUGAAUAAAAUGUUGUGA